GCUUCCUCACUUCUUCUACAGAUGUUGCGAACACAACAUUCGCCUACAAACUUGUUUCACGCUCUAUCUAGUAGUUAUGCCCGGAGGGUAAAACAUUGCUCCGUGCUGUUCAUGGAGAUAUUUGAUCCCAUUGGUGCUGCUCAAAUGGAGUUCAUGAUCGAGUCACUCUCAUGGAGUCGCUGAUAAAUUUUGACGGGCCCAAUAAAAAUGUGUCGACUUUGAAAACAAAUGAUUUGACAGAAAUCAACAAAAAUGUUUAUGUAGAAAUUCGAAAUUUAAUGUGUUAGUAAUUUGUGUUUGUGUCCCUCCAAAUUCCAGUGAUCAUGCCGCAUUGUACGCAAAGUUUACAAAUAGACUAUACCACAUUUGAACCACCAGAAAAAACCCCAAUACAACCGUCAUCAUUCUCUGCCGUUCAAUAUACACAACGUUGCUGCCCGCCAACAUGCACUGCACGAUGUUGCCAACCGGCCUGCCCUAUACGCUACAGCCAACAUGGUGCCCCACCUUCAAAAUCCCCAUCGAAAACCUCCAUAACGAUAUCACUAUCAACCAGCAGCUUAAAUCAAUUUUGUAGACCAUCUUGCGAACCGGAUCCGCCAGUACCCGGCCCUUCUACUUGCUAUCAUCAGCCUACUUUUCACCCAUCUCUUUAUUAUGAAGCUUGCUGUUUUCCAUUAACAGUGCCUGUACCUCCAGGUUGUCACAUAACUCCCUUAAAGCCGAUUAGUAUGCAACCUAAGUUUCUACCUCGUCAGCCGCCUUACGAAUCAUGCCCACCACCGUGCGAACCACAAUGGCCUUGCAGUUUAAGCAUUCCAUCUUGCCCACCUUGUCCUUGCCCAUCCCCUUGUGAACCGUGCACUCCUUACAAUCUGAGCCGUCCGUGUUGUCUACCUCCUGGUGAUCCCGGUUCAUCUCCUUGUACACCUGCUACUCCUUGCAAUCAGAGCCUUCCAAAUUGUUCGCCGCCAUGUGAACCGCGUGCAGCGCCAUGUGAUUCUUGUCCACCUCCUUGCGAACCGUGCGCUUCGCCUUGUGAUCCUUGUAAACCUUGCGCUAAUUGCUACGUCUGUCCAUCUCCUUGUAGCCCAUGUACAAUGCCUUGUGGACCCUGUCCUUGUUCGCUUCCUUGUAGCCCAUGCACAAUGCCUUGUGGACCUUGUCCUUGUUCGCCUCCUUGUCAUCCAUGUCCAACGCCUUGUGACCCUUGUUGUCUACCUCCUUCUGAUCAACUAAAUAAACCGUGCAACUCGAAUCAAUCUCCUAGUGAUUCCAGUCCCCCUCCUUGUAAUCCUUGUAUCCCUCCUCCUUGUGGGCGGUGUCCUCCUCGACCUUGUGAUACUUCUGCACAAUAUAAACCUUGCACGCCUUGCCAUCAUUCUAGCACAUGCGGUGAUCCACCUUGUUCGCCUUGUGGUUCGCCACUUUUUCAACCUUGCUUGCAUUACGACUCCCCCUGUGAUUCAUUGUCCAGCGAUGAAGAAUGCCCGUCACUAUCCAAUUUUUGGGAAUCUGCCGGUGUUUCGGGUCCAACGCUUUGCUAUAAUAUUCCUGAAACGUCUGUCCCCACACCGAUACAGUGUCCCUCACCACCACCACCACCACCCUGCAAAUCUCCGAGAAUUUGUUUGCCGCCUUUUUGCCAAAGACCAUGGGUGAAUCCAUGCAUAGCGAAUCGCAAUCCGUAUUGCUGCCGAGACGCUCCUUGUACGCUUUGCAACUGCAUUCCCUGCAACUGCACGUCCUGCGAAUGCGAUCCUUGCAAAACCUGCGACACCGAGUGUAAUACGUACGCUUGCUGCGACGCGGCGUGCAGUCCUUGCUGUCCUUGCGACCGCGCGUGUAGUCCUUGCCCUCUUAGCGAAUCUAAGGACGAGGCAUGCGGUCCCGGUUGUCCUUGUUCACCUCUUAAGGAUCCUUGCCAUCCUACUUACGACAUUUUUCAUCAGGAAUGUGCCUUUCCCAAGGAGCCGGUCAAGUUUAUCAUGGUAUGGGAUCCUGCUGAUCGCGAACUACAAUCGAAGGAAUGCAGAUGUCCUAGACAAGCGAGAUGUAGAGGCGUAACCUUAGAUGGCCAGGAAGUGAGAUCUUGUCGCAGAUAUGCGCGUCGAGGAAUGUCGUGUAAAUGCGACAAAGGUUCAGGUGCAGUUUCUCGGGACGAACAAUUAGAACAAAUGAUGAAGAUCUGGCGACUACCGCACAUGAGAAUCGAACCCAUUCAUGCUCUGUCUUUGUUUGAAAGUAACUGCAUACCGUUUAGCGAUUCCACGUCGGACUUGUGCAUCCAGGAUUUGAACGAGGUCGAUGAAGUUCAAUCAUGUUCGCUAACGUGCUCCAUGAUUCCAAUGGAAGGGGAAAAUAAAGAUCCAGGAUUGUGCUGUCGACCUUUUUGCAAACAUUGGCUGCCGAAAGAAGCGCCAUGUUGCUAUGAUGGACCGUGUAAAGCCAAUUGUUUCAAUCAUCCACCAGGAAUGAAGUCAAGGAGACCGUACAUUUCCAGUUUACCAGUUGAUAUUCCGAUUCAAGCAACACAUAUCCGUAUGCGAUACUCCAACUUCUACAACAACUACAACAUUGAUGAAAUGGCUGUGAGACGAAGAAGAGAUGCUAUUAGACUGGGGAAUACUAAUUUAACUACAGACACUUGUAGGACUCCCUCAAGGUAUUUUGGCACCACUUUAGAUGGAACUAGUCCGCAAUUUAGAAACAUUGACUUGCAGUAUCACUGGAGUGUAUGCAAUAACGAAAACUUUAACAUUCAUGCUCCUCCUGGUUACAAGUCUGCUUUGAUCAAAGUUCCUGGAGAGUUCGGUACCACUCCAAAAGAGAUAGUGGUAUAUUCGCGGAAGAAAAAGAGGAGUGCAACGAUACAGAAUGCGUAUUACCCUAAGUGUCUUUAUAUGCCUGUAUUUGAACCUACUGAAGAAUCCUGAAGAACAAAAUGAUUUGGAACGACUAAAAAUCCCGUAAGACUUUCAAAAUUGAAUAAAAUAUUUGUUUACACUUAAUAAGGUGUAGAUUCUUCGUUUUUAUAAUAUACUUUAAAUAAAAAUAUUCGGUAACUUUUCAAAUGUAUAACAUGUGGAAUAAAUGCAUGUUUUAGUAAAUGUGAUUCUUAGAAAAUUGAAUGAUGAAUAAGAAUGUUUGUGUCCCGUAAAAAUGUGGGUGUUCAGUAAAAAGUGGGUAUUCGGUAAAUAUGUGGGUGUUACGUAAAAAAAAAUUGUUAUAAUAAUAUGGGUAUUAUGUAGAAUAAGGGUGUUAUGUAAAAAUAUAGAUGGUAUACAAUAUAGGUUUUACGUAAAAAAUAUGGAUGAUAUGUAAAAAUAUGUUUUGUGUAAAAAAAUAUAUAGAAAUUUGGUAAAAAUAUGGGUCUUCUGUAAAAAUAUGGAGUAGGGUAAAAUAUGGGCCUUCUGUAAAAAUAUGGAGUAGGCUAAAAAUAAGGGGAAUCCGUAAAAAUGUAACAAAAAUAAUAAUAAAUGGUCUUUAUCUAUAAAUCCUCGGCGAAAUACAGCUUAUAGCUUAUAGCUUAUAGCUCAACCGAGUAUCAAAUUACUUAUAAUUAAAAUUGAUGCAAUACAAAAUUAGUACAAAAAAUAUAAAAUCCAUACUAAAAUAAAACAAUACAAAAAAUAUAAUUAAUACAAAAAAUAGAAUUAAUACAAAAAAUAUAAUAAACAAAUAAAGUAAAUAUUUAGGUUUUAUCUAAAAAACAUGGAUACUCGGUAAAAAUAUGGAGGCGUAAAAUGUGGAAAUUUGGUAAAAAUAUGGGUGUUAUAU